UGCCCUACUUCCUGCCUGUGCUUUCCUCCUUACUUCCGGUCACUGUACCUCCGUUCCACACACGUACAGGACUCGUUGUCCGUAGAGAUCAGGGUUAAACAGUGGUAAAGAAGACAUCCGAUCGCAUUGUGUUAGGAGGACUGAGCAGAACCCAGAGCCCCAUCACGGUGCCUCCACCUCACUCACUGAUACAUGAGACACAAUAACCAAAAGAUCCUGGAACUCACCAACAGGACGAUUCAGCUGCUGACUGGAGAGGAGGAGGAGUAUAUAGAGGAACACAGGGGUCUGUACAAGGACGUGAUGAUGGAGAAUCACCGGCCCCUCACAUCACUGGAUGGGCCCAGUAACAGAGAUACCCCAGAGAGAUGUCCCCGUCUUCUGUAUUCCCAGGAUUGUACAGAGGAGAAUCACAAGACCGCACAGGAGGAUCAGGUAGAACGUCUGUCUGAUAUUAAAACAGAAGACAUAGAAGGAGAAGAAGAGACGUAUGUGACUGAUAUAAAGGCAGAAGAUAUAGAGGGAGAAGAAGAGACGUAUGUGCUUGAUAUGAAGGCAGAAGAUAUGGAGGGAGAAGAAGAGACGUAUGUGACUGAUAUAAAGGCAGAAGAUAUAGAGGGAGAAGAAGAGACGUAUGUGACUGAUAUAAAGGCAGAAGAUAUAGAGGGAGAAGAAGAGACGUAUAUGAAGGGUGAUAAGCAGUGUAAGGAGGAGGAGAUCCCUACAGAUAUCAGCACAGCAGAUGGACACACAAGCAGGAAUAUCUCAGAAGGACAUCUAAUGUUAUCCCCGGAUUGUGACAUAAAAGAUAAUGACAGUAGACAGGAUUCUCCAGGAACUAACCCCAUUACCCCAAUUAUACAUCCAGCUCUAUCAGCUGGUCUCCCUGAUCCUGGGAGAUGUUCUCCUGAUCACUCUGAUAUUGGUGCAUCUGUUACAGCUCUGACAGUAGAUACAGUGUUUCCUUGUUCUAUAGAUGCCAAAUGUUUUACACAGAACACAAAGCUUAUUACCCAUCAGGCAGCUAAGGCAGGUGAGAGGCCAUUUCCAUGUUCUGAGUGUGGGAAAUGUUUUGCAUGCAAAUCAGCUCUUGUUAUACAUCACAGAAGUCACACAGGUGAGAAACCAUUUUCUUGCUCUGAGUGCGGGAAAUGUUUUAUCCGGAAAUCAAAACUUGUUAUACAUCAGCGAAGUCACACAGGUGAGAAUCCAUUUCCAUGUUCUGAGUGUGGGAAAUAUUUUGCAUGCAAAUAUGAUCUUGUUAUACAUCAGAGAAGUCACACAGGUGAGAAGCCAUUUCCAUGUUCUGAGUGUGGGAAAGGUUUUGCAUGCAAAUCAGAUCUUGUUAUACAUCACAGAAGUCACACAGGUGAAAAGCCAUUUUCUUGCUCUGAGUGCAGGAAACGUUUUAUCCGGAAAUCAGAACUUGUUACACAUCAGCGAAGUCACACAGGUGAGAAUCCAUUUCCAUGUUCUGAGUGUGGGAAAUGUUUUGCAUGCAAAUCAGCUCUUGUUAUACAUCACAGAAGUCACACAGGUGAGAAACCAUUUUCUUGCUCUGAGUGCGGGAAAUGUUUUAUCCGGAAAUCAAAACUUGUUAUACAUCAGCGAAGUCACACAGGUGAGAAUCCAUUUUCAUGUUCUGAGUGUGGGAAAUAUUUUGCAUGCAAAUAUGAUCUUGUUAUACAUCAGAGAAGUCACACAGGUGAGAAGCCAUUUUCUUGCACUGAAUGUGGGAAAUGUUUUACACAGAAAUCAAAUCUUGUUAUACAUCAGAGAAGUCACACAGGUGAGAAGCCAUUUCCAUGUUCUGAGUGUGAGAAAUGUUUUGCACACAAAUCAGUACUUGUUAAACAUCAGAGAAGUCACACAGGUGAGAAGCCAUUUCCAUGUUCUGAGUGUGGGAAAGGUUUUUCACACAAAUCAGCUCUUGUUGUACAUCACAGAAGUCACACAGGUGAGAAGCCAUUUCCAUGUUCUGAGUGUGGGAAAUGUUUUGCACACAAACCAGAUCUUGUUAAACAUCAGAGAAGUCACACAGGUGAGAAGCCAUUUCCAUGUUCUGAGAAAUAAAUCCGCUUUUGUUGCACGCAAUAGACAUCAAUGAGGUGAGGAACCAUUUUAAUGAGAAAUUACUAGAGGUGCUCAUAUAUCAAUGUGUACGGUACCUCAGAUGAUAACAGCCAAGGAGUCCAAAUAUAAUGAAUUAAUUACUUUAUUAAAAACAAGCAAAUACUCA